UCAGGAGUACGUUCCUAGCUUCGCGCUUGGGGGCUAGAGUCCUAUCUCGAUGCUCCGCACGACAAUUGUCAAGUACUGUUCGGAGCCCAUUGCGAGCAGUUGUCAACAAGGCAAGCGCCCUUCCUGCGCGAGUCAGUCAGCGAUUCGCCAGUACCGAAGGACCAGCCAAACAAUCGGGUGGAUGGAUAGGUAAAUUGAUUCUACCUAUGGCCGGUCUGGGUGUUUUUGCCGUUUUAGGACAACCCGCCAGCGAUCCCAAUGAUGACAACUACGACGACGAGGUCCUCCCGCUUCAGUUCGCAUAUAGAGCCAGAGACAGAGUCACGAACUUUUACAAGUUCUUCAACGAACCCCUGCGCGCAGUACUGAUCCCACAGGACCCCAACUUCCCACCCAUGCCAUACGUGCUUGUUAUCGAGCCCGACAAAGUGCUGUACAAGUACGAGUGGACGCCAGAGAUGGGAUGGCGUCUCAAAGUGCGAAAGGGUGCGCGCGAAUUUCUUCGAUUCCUUGGUGCCAACUUCUAUGAAGUCGUGCUAUUCACUGAUAUGCCCUCUAUGACGUCGGCCCCUAUUUUCGAGAAGAUCGAUGAGUAUGGCUGUGCCAUCAAUCGCUUCAGCAGGGAAGCCACCAUAGUCAAAGACGGAGUUAGAGUGAAGGACAUCAGCGGAUUCGAUCGACCCGAGAAGCGCAUAGUAAUCCUCGACACUGACCCAAGACGAUACUCCAAUAACCCUGACAACGGUCUGUUCGUAGAGGAAUGGGAUGGAGAUUCAAACGACACAGGUUUAAUCGACUUGGUUAAGUUUUUCCAGGCACUUGCGACAUCUGGCAUUGAUGAUGUAAGGGUGGUGACUAAGUAUUACGAUGGUAAAGAUGUGGUAGAAACCUUCAGGGCCAACCAGAAGGCUGCAGAGGAGCACGAGCGAUUAGAGAGGGAACGUGCUCUCGCUGAGGCACAGCAAAACAAGAGCUCUGGGUGGGGUUUCUUUUCUAAGCCUGCGGCACCCGCUGCUGGGCCUGACCAGGCAGACGAUGAGUUGAAGCAACAGGUUCUGGCGGAGGAAAAGUUACUGCGUGAACAGCGUGAGGCUGAGGCGGCCGCUGCCAAGCUCAAAGCGGAGGAGGAGGCGAAAAACAAACCCUGGUACAGCACAAUCUUUGGUUGAGCCGAAAAGUUGUACAUAACCAUGUAAUAUAGUACAGUAGCACCGGAUUCCUCAAAUCAUAUCGCUUAACUACAUAUAUAUAUAUUGUACAUAUGUAUAUAUCUGGAUUUUGCCUCGUUGACAAACAUUAGCCAAUACGCAACAGAACGUAGUAGCAAAAUAAACACAGCAGUGUGAACUACUUCAACAAAGCUAGAAACAGCCUUCAAC